GUUAUAACCGCAUCGUGCGCGCACAUCGCCCGUCUUGGACCCCGGCCUAAUCAAAACCACAAUCUCAUUUUUCAACAGUCAUUGUAUGUACGCUGUCAGGGUAACAUACAGAGUACUUCAGCAAGCCUUCAGUCAUGGCGCCGGUCACUGAGGUUGUUCUUGCUCCCAUGUCAGACGAAAAGAUACCCGACGACUACGAUAGCGAACUGGGCAAGACGUUCAAAGAACUCCUCAUGACCAUCGUGGCUCAGGAUGGCUGCCAGCGACUUCUCUGGGGUCAACAAGUGGAAAACCCUGCGAUUAUGACCCUCUUUAUCGACUGGGACAGUGUGGACCAUCACAAGAAAUUCAUUGCUUCAGAAACUUAUAAGCCAUUCAUGGACAAGGUUGCAGGGAUUCUGAAAGGUUCCAUGACCAUGUACCACGUCGGUAUCGAGCCACACCCACCGACGGCCGCGCUUGUGGGAAGCACACCCCAGGUGACGGAGUUCAUCAUGGCGUACUUUCCCAAGGACUACUCCGCCGAGGACCGAAAGACCUUUGACGAAGGAAUGCGCGCCUUUGGAGAAGCCGUUUCCAAGACGUCCCAAGGGUACAAGACAUCAGUGGGUGGCUUCAUCGAGGAAGAAGUCGUCGACCCUAAAACCUCGGAACCCUGUUUGGGCUAUGUGGCCCUUGUUGGCUGGGAAAGUGUGCAAGCUCACUUGAGCUACAGAGAGACCCAGGCCUUCAAGGACAACAUCCACUAUCUGAGGGGAGCAAAGGAUUUGAAGAAUGUCGUCGUCUUCCAUGUUGACGCGAAGCCGAUCUGAGCGACCAGCAAGCAGGGGAUGAGAUGGGAUUUGGGAUAAGCGGAGUGUAAUCAUUCCAGUUCACGCUCCUAACAUGAAAUACAUAUCCAAGAACAACAAUUAG